AUGCUUAAAGACUUGAGAGGCUUCAAACUUAAUUUGGCUAUUGCCUUGUCUGGUGCUUGCGCUUGGAUUCUUCAAGGUUAUGACCAAGCUGUCAUGAACGGAUUGUUGACCAUGACCUUGUUUCAGGAACAGUUCCCAGUUUUGAACAGUAACCGUCCAGGCGUGGACCAAGCACAUGCUUCGCUUAUUAAGGGUACCAUCGUGUCGAUUUAUGAGCUUGGAUGUGCUGCAGGUUGUGGCAGUUGUUUUUUCGUUGGUGACAAAUUCGGUCGUAAGAAAAUGAUCAUGGCGUUCGCUGUUUUGACUAUGGUGGGUGUUAUUAUCCAGGUUUCUUCCUUUAAGAUUGAGCAGCUCGCUAUUGGAAGAAUCGUCACUGGUUGCGGUGUUGGUGGCUUUACGGCCACUGUUCCAAUGUGGAUUUCCGAGUGUUCUAGUGCAAAGCUUAGAGGUAAGCUUGUUGCAGUCUGUGGCGCUAUGGCAAUUUCUGGUGUCUGCUUGGCAUCUUGGGUUGACUUUGGAUUCUAUUUUGUCAAGCAUAGUGCUAUCAACUGGAGAAUGCCCAUUGCUAUCCAGGUUAUCUUCCCCAUUAUCUGUUUUUGCUUGGUGUCUCAACUUCCAGACUCACCUAGAUGGUUGGUUAAGCAAGGAAGAGUCAACGAGGCAGCUGAGAUAUUUGCCAGAUUGGAGGACACUACUGUGGACUCCGAACACGUUCAGGCUGAAUUGGCAACCAUUGAGCAGGCUCUCAUGGAAAAUCCAAAGGCUGCCAGCGCCUCUCCAUUUGCAUUCACUAAGAACAAACACUUCAGAAGAACUGUCAUGGCAGUUGGUCUCAACAUAGGUGCCCAAAUGACCGGUGUCAACGUUGUAACUUUCUACUCCACUACCAUCUUCCAAAAGCAGUUAGGUUACAGUGCAAUCGAAGCCAGAAUUUUCUCUGGUUGUCUUCAGAUAUUCCAGACUAUAGCUGCCUUCUUCGGUAUUGUACUUAUUGAUAUUUUAGGAAGACGAGGUGUCAUGAUUCAUUCAUCUGCUCUUAUGGCCAUCGCCCAGUUUGUCCUUGGAGGUUUGGCUUCCAACAUGAAGAACCCAUCUAACGGUAAAGCCAUGAUUGCCUUCUUCUUCCUUGCCCUCUAUGCUUUCCCAACGGGUUUGCUCAUGGCAGUGUUCAUGUAUGCUGCUGAAAUUGCACCAUUGGAAAUUCGUGCUAAGAUCACAGCUAUGAGUGCCGCAGCAAACUGGCUUUUCAAUUUUUUGGUUGCAAUGGCUUCUUUGGUUGCUUUCGACACCAUUGGUUACAAAUACUACUUCCUCUACGCAAGCUGCGCUACCGCCUUGUGCAUUUCUGUUAUUUUGUUCUUUCCCGAAACAAAAGGAAGAACAUUGGAAGAGAUUGACGACGUUUUCAUUGUCUCGAAAUCACCAUUCGACACUGUUUCUGUUGCAAAGAAGAUUGCAGUUAUGGGAGACGACACUGAGAACGUGACAACCUUGGACUGGAAGGCCAAGCCUGAAGCAGAAUUUGUCGAAAAUAAUAAAGAAAGGGAAUCUAUUUAG